UUGAAGUGUAUUGUGGUGUGUAAUAACGCAUUGGGGAUGUUAAUUAUAACAUAAGAUUGGACGCAUGUACUCAUUUGUAAUUGCAUUGCAUAUUUAAGAUUAAUUAGGUUGUUUUGAUGUUUGUUUCUGGUGUCCUGUAGUGUCUCAGGUGUUUGUCAACAGACCACAGCCAUAACUUACUUUCGAUUUUGAAGAGAGCACACGUACAUGUAAUAUGACUAAUGUGAAUUAUUUCUAACACUUUGAGGAUUUUCGGUUGAGCGGCUAAGUAAUCGGUAAAUACGACACUCGAAGCAUUAUCAGCGCGCGUUCAAUACAAAUGUUUUAUCUGUUAAGAGCACCAGCUAUUUUACGUCACACACAUUUCCGUGUUAUAUUACAAUACCAGAUUUUGCAAUAUGUUAUUAGGCGGUCAACUUGGAAAGCAAUAAGUUGGCAAAAUAAGUUGAUCAACAACAACAUAGCAAGGGACAAUGCGGCUUAUCAGGAACAUUGGCCAAAUACAGGUUGGUGAUGUCAUUGUCUACAAAUAUUGGGGGCUCUCUCACGAAGGCAUCGUAGUUAAAAUUACGCAGAAAAAUGAACACGAAGGCUCUUUGGAUGUUAUACAUUAUGGAGCUGAUUCGUUGUUCGAAAAAAGGACAAUCACGGAGGAGAGCAAAGGUUUUAAUCUAAGAAUUCAUAAAGUUUAUGUCAUGUUUUUCGAAAGCAGAGCACUUGAGUCGGACACAGUUGUAAAAAGAGCCCGAAGCAGGGUGGGCGAGAAACGCCAUCAUAUGAGUCACAACAGAUCACUCCAUUUUGUGGAGUGGGCAAAAGUGGGGAAACAUGUAGAAUGGACACAUCCGACGGCUUAUGGAAAACUGCAACUACAUUAUGUAUACGGCUGGUGUGAUCUCGAGAAAGGCUCAAUUGUAGAAUUCACAUAUUAUGGAAUCAACCAUCAAGGCAUACUGACGGAAUUUGACGAAGAACACAAAACUAUAACUGUCAUUCAUUACGGAUCUCACAGUUUAUUCUCUACUCGAACGAUAAUGGAGGACACAUUAGACAUGGAUCUGAAAACGCAAUCUCUGAAGAUGUAUCAGUGCGUCGAUGGCAUGCGCCACAACGAGCCUUCCGAGGUUAUACGGAAAGCAAAGACACGACUUGGCGAGCAGAAGUGGAGAGCAGGAAACAGGUCCUGGGACUUCUGUCUGAAAUGUCUCUUUGUCGCAAAAACGGAAAGCGAAGACUCUUUAGACAAUAAUGCAAAAUGCAAAGAUUCAGUUGACAAAAAUGCAGAACAAAAAGACGUGCCCGAUGGUCGGGGUCUUGAUAGGCAGAAUUCGGAUAAAAAAUCCGUCCCUGAAAGGAAUGCCAGGGUUAUCAAUAACCUGAAGUUGAAAGGAAUCGACACAGAUUUGGCUGAGAAAAUCAUCAAUGAAAUCAUGGACUCCGGUCCCCGAGUCACAUUUCAGGAUAUAGCUGGCCAGGACACUGCCAAGCAAGCCUUACAGGAGAUCGUCGUACUACCAGCCUUGAGACCCGAGUUGUUCAAAGGCUUAAGAGCCCCUGCCCGGGGGAUGUUGUUAUUUGGUCCCCCAGGGAACGGUAAAACUAUGCUGGCAAAAGCUGUGGCAAACGAGUCAAGGGCUACGUUCUUCAAUAUUAGUGCCUCAAGUUUGACUUCCAAGUGGCAUGGUGAAGGAGAGAGGCUCGUGAGAACCAUGUUUGCUGUCGCCAAGGAUCUGCAACCCUCAGUCAUCUUCAUUGAUGAGGUUGACUCCAUCCUGUGUCAGCGUCAGCAGGGGGAGCAUGAAGCCAGCAGACGACUCAAAACUGAGUUCCUACUGCAGUUUGAUGGGGUUGCAGAUUCCUCCGAGGACCGAGUUCUUAUCAUGGUGGCCACCAACAGACCUUGGGAGCUUGAUGAUGCGGUGCUCAGGCGUUUCAGCAAGCGUGUAUAUGUGAGCAUGCCUAAUGAAAAGACGAGGCUCAGUCUUCUGAGUCAUCUCUUGGACAAACACAAUAACCCGCUUUCAGACAGAGAACUCGAACAGCUGGUUAAACUUACCAAUGGGUACUCUGGCAGUGAUCUAAACAGUCUUGCCAAGGAUGCAGCCCUCGGCCCUAUAAGAGACUUGUCCUCUGACGAGGUCCAGGAAGUGUCACUAAGGGGUGUGCGGCCCAUCAGUUUGGAUGACUUCCGCGCCUCCCUACAGAAGAUUCGCCGUAGCGUGCAGGAGAAUACGCUCAAUAGGUAUCUCGAGUGGAACAACGACUUUGGAGACAUUAGCAUGUGAGCCAAUCAAUGGGAGCUAUUGGAUUGAUAUGUGACACCAGGGCCUCAAGAAAUAAGUAAAAAUACACUAAAGCAGCGAUACUACAGGCCGUUGUUUAUUCGUUAGAAUUUUUUUUUGGACACAGUCCGAAUCAAAACACAUGUAUGUAUUUGUUGUUUUUUCCUUAGACAAACACAGGUCUGAUUGUAUCACGUAAAGCUCUCUUAACAUCAGAUGCACUUUUUAUUAACUACAAUUAUAUUUUUCAUUUCUGAACUAGAUGUAAAAAUCAACGCUUCUGAUAAGACUGCUAUAUUGUGCAAAGAAAUUUGCAUUAUCAUAUUAUUCUUUUUUAUGCAGUGUUAUUAUGUUCCCUAAUGAUAUUUCUUAAUUAUAAUGUAUUGUUCUUAUAAUGGUUGGGAAUUAUUCAAUUUAUAACCUUAAAACAUGUUCGUUGUCUGAAAAAUAUGUGAAACUCAUAAUUUUAUAAAGUUAUUUAAACACAUUUUAUAUUGAAACGCUUACAUGGAUAACUUGGAAUUAUCUUUAAAUUAUUCACGAGCAAAUAGCAAUACUUUUGUAAAACAUUAUGUGCAAGCAACUUUGUAACUACUUUUUUUCUAAAAAAAAGUACGAAAUGUUUAUUGUAAAACUAUGUGUGGUUAUUGUUUAUUGUGUUUGCGCAAAAUGGUAUUCUUUCAUGUUAAUGGUUUACAUUCCAUGGUGUUAACGUAAAUGUUUUUUUCAUUGUAGUUCUUUUUUUAAAUCUACAUGUAUUUUAAAUAUGUAGAGAAAAUGUUUAGACAUGUGUGUUGUAUCUCAUUUGUGUCCAUUUUUGAAACUAAGUAAGUUGAGUAGUAAGUGAAUUUCAAAAAAUAUAUAAUUGUGCUUGAACUGUAAUAAUAUUGUAUGUAAAACCUGUUGGAAUAUAAAACAUCAUUGCUUUUAUUCACACUAUAUUUAAUUAUAGUAUUAACCAAAUAAAAUCUCUCUUUAGAUGAUCUUUUAACAUCUUUUAACAUAAUAAUAUGCAUUGUCUUGUUGAUUUGCAGAAAUGGCAUUCAAGUUAAACACUAAAGAAUAAAAAUAAUACUGAAGCUAUUAAUCAUAUUAAUCAGAAUGUAUUAAACAACUUAUUUGAACAUUAAUUGGAAAUAUCACUUGAUACUGGAGCCUGAAGGAUGAUUAUUACACAAUAACAAUUGCGUUUUGAACAUGUUCAAAAUGAUACAAGUGUAAAACACCGACUAAUUGAAAAUAGGAAAUUAGGCAAUAAUAGAUGUCAACAUAGAAUUCGCUGAUAAGUUACAUAAAUAGUAUUAAAUUUGCCAGUUCAAUGAUAAUAAUUGAUAAAAUACUUAGAUAACUAUCGAAGUAGACAAACAAUUCACUGAUUAUCAACAUAAGUUGUAUCAAUGUUUCUUUAUUUUCCUAUGAUAAUAAGUGUCAAAAGCGGACGAAAAUUGCUAAACCGCCAUUGUGUAUUGCUUAUAUUUUAACCAAUUCUCGAAUUUUGUGUUUUGCAUUCUAAUUUCGUCAUCUUUAAAUAUUCCCGCUUGAUUUAGAAUUAUGUCAUUUGAAAAGAUACUAUUUAAUCGGCUUUUUCUUCAUUGAGUAAUGUGCCUUUACUUUAAGCAUCUUUUUGGUUUUUGUUAGUACAGUGAUUAGAUACUUAAUAGUUUAAUCAGCAGCUAUGACUUGAAUCUAACAAACAGCCUGUAAAAAUAUUAAACAAAAUAGCAAUGCCCCAUUUGAUGACGUGUUUUCUCUGUCCGUUUCAUCUUGUAAUCCAAUUAAAUUAUACAUUAAGCAAAUGUUUAAACAUGAUUGAUAACUAUGUAUAUGUACAUAGUUUCAUUGAAAUACGCCUCAAUAUAAUUUAUUGUUUGGCAACUCAAAUAUGUUCCUUUUAGACAUUUGGGAUAGUUAUUAUUGGGAAGAAACAGUUUUUCCACUAGGUCAGUCCUAAGAUUUAUAAUUUCGUUCAAAAUCUAUUAGGUAUGUUGUGUAAUUGAGGCAAUCUGAAUCUAUGUUUUAUCCGGGAGGUUUGUAGUUGGAUUUAGAAGGUCAUAUUUACGUAGCAUGUGAUCAGAUUCAUAAGGACAAAAAUGUCGUAUGCUACCGAGACUUCUGGAUAACCAGUCAGUCAUGCAGACGGUUUUCUUUGAUAGAAAGAUGAACUUUAUUGUAACAUUUGGUGAUUAUUGUUCAAAAGCCAGUGUUUUUAAAUUUGCUGAUCAGCUGAAUCAACAAGAACCCAAUGGAUGAACACUGAAAUGAUUUGUUUGUUAUGACUAACCGCAGAACAAAAUUGUUUCGAAAGUCUAUUUCGUAUGUGUUUGUUUUAUAUACUUCUAUGAUUACAUGAUAUUUCUGAUGACAAACAAUAAAAACUGAUCUGUUGA